GUCAUCUCCUUCUUAAAUUCCCUCACCUGCCCAUCUAACUGAUCCCAUCCUUCUCUUUAAAUUCCAAGACUCUCUCUUCCUCUUCCAACCCAUUCAUCCUUUUCUCUUUACAGAUUAUAGGGUUGAUUGUUUGAUUCUUAAAGGCAACCAACCGCAUACUCAAACCAAGAAAUAUAAUGUUCAAAUUCUUUGUGCUCUCAAUUUUGUUCUUCUUCUUUUUUGGUUCUUGUUGGUGUAGCAAUAAUGUUUAUCGCGAAUAUACUGUUGCUGCUACAAAUUCUAGUGAAAGAGAUAUAGAUGUUCUGCAAAUCCAGUGUUUGAAAGUGCCCACAUCUGAGUUUGUCAGCUCGUUGAAGUCCACCAUUGAUGCGAUGAAAUCAGUAACUUCCAUUUUGGGUCAGUUUGGAAACUUGUUUGGUGAUUUCCGCCUUUCAAAUGCCAUAUCCGACUGCCUUGAUUUGCUUGACUUUUCUUCUGAUGAGUUGAGCUGGUCCAUCUCGGCUUCGCAGAAUCCCAACAGUAAAAAUAACAGUACAGGAGAUGUUGGAUACGAUCUCAGAACAUGGCUAAGUGCUGCACUUGCUAACCAAGACACAUGCGUUGAUGGGUUCGAUGGGACAAACGGAAUAGUAAAAAGUGUAGUUGCAGGUAGCGUCGGACAGGUGACUUCACUGGUUCGAGAUCUCUUGACCAUGGUUCAGCCACCGGACAAGUCUAACUCAAACUCCAAGGGCGGAGUCAGUCCACCGCCGAUUGGAAUCAAAGAUGAUCAUGGCGAUGAGUUUCCUUCGUGGGUCAAAUCUGAGGAUAGAAAAUUGAUAGAAGGAAAUGGAGUAACGGCUGAUGCUGUGGUGGCAUCGGACGGAUCUGGGGACUUCAGUAGCAUAACGGAUGCGGUGUUGGCAGCACCAGAUUACAGCACUCGGCGUUAUGUUAUUUAUGUUAAGAAGGGAAUUUACAAAGAAAAUGUGGAGAUUAAGAAGAAGAAAUGGAAGAUUAUGAUGGUGGGAGAUGGGAUUGAUGUUACUGUUAUAUCGGGUAACAGGAACUUCAUUGAUGGUUGGACCACCUUUAGAUCGGCAACCUUUGCUGUGAGCGGUAGAGGAUUCAUAGCACGCGACAUAACAUUUGAAAACACAGCAGGACCGGAGAAACACCAAGCAGUAGCACUCCGAUCUGAUUCCGAUCUCUCUGUUUUUUUCCGAUGUGCCAUGAGGGGUUACCAAGACACGCUCUACACCCACACCAUGCGCCAAUUCUACCGCGAUUGCAUAAUCACAGGGACCGUAGAUUUCAUAUUUGGGGAUGGCACAGUAGUUUUGCAAAACUGCCAAAUCCUAGCCAAACAAGGUUUACCAAAUCAGAAAAACACUAUUACAGCUCAAGGACGCAAGGACCCAAAUCAGCCUUCAGGUUUCUCUAUCCAGUUCUGCAAUAUCUCAGCAGACAAAGACUUGUUACCUAACGUAAACAAGACAUCGACGUACCUUGGUCGGCCAUGGAAACCGUACUCGAGAACCAUAAUCAUGCAGUCGUAUAUGAGCAAUGUUGUGAGACCAGAAGGGUGGCUUGAGUGGAAUGGUGAUUUUGCAUUGGAUACUUUGUAUUAUGGGGAGUACUUGAAUUAUGGAGAAGGAUCUGGAGUUGGGAGAAGAGUUAAAUGGCCAGGCUAUCAUGUUCUAAAUAACUCUGCUCAGGCUAAUAAUUUCACUGUGGCUCGGUUUCUUGAAGGGAAUCUAUGGUUGCCUCCCACUGGUGUCAAGUACACCGCAGGGUUAGGGGUGUAAACAAAUAAUACCUUUAAUUAUUAA